AUUUGUCUUUCCGCCAUGUCUAUUACCGCAGCUUCCUUCGCCGCGCCCCCCUCCUCCUCCUCCCUGCCGCUGCUACCCAGACGGCCGUGUCGGAUACCUAGGCCGGGGAGGGUCUCCCGCCGCCUGGCAGUGCGGGCGGACGUCAAGCUGAUAUCUUCCGGCGACGCCUGCCGCCGCGGGCUCGCCGCAGGCAUCCACAAGCUCGCUGACGCCGUCGCGGUCACCCUCGGCCCCAAAGGGAGGAAUGUCGUGAUUGACCAAGAUGAUGUUCCUAAAGUAAUUAAUGAUGGUGUCACGAUCGCCAAGGCUAUAGAAUUACCAAAUGCAAUUGAGCAUGCAGGCGCAAUGCUACUACAAGAGAUUGCAUCCAAGACAAACAGUAGUGUCGGUGAUGGAACCACAACAGCGAUUAUUUUGGCUCGCGAAAUAAUGAGCCUUGGGUUAUUGGCUGUUGCCAGCGGUGCUAACCCAGUUGCUUUGAGAAAGGGCAUUGACAAAGCUGUUCAUGAACUGAUUGUGAUCUUGAAGGCAAAAUGUAUCCCUGUGAGUACAAAGGAGGACAUAAAAGCCGUAGCUUCAAUAUCAGCUGGCAAUGAUGAAUAUGUUGGUGAUCUAAUUGCUGAUGCAUUGGAGAAGAUAGGUCCUGAUGGAAUAAUCAAAAUCGAGUCCUCAUCUUCGAUAUAUACUACAGUUGAGGUGCAAGAAGGGAUGAAGAUAGACAAGGGUUACAUCUCCCCUCAUUUUAUCACAAAUCCAGACAAAGCAAUUGUCGAAUUUGAAAAUGCUAGAGUGCUUUUAACUGAUCAACGGGUGAACGAAAUCCAAGAGAUACUUCCUUUGCUGGAGAAGACCACCCAAUUGAGUGUCCCUUUGUUGAUUAUUGCCGAGGAUGUUUCACAUACCGUCUACUCGACUCUGGUUCUUAACAAACUGAAUGGUUUGCUAAAUGUUGCGGUUGUCAAAUGUCCUGGUUUGGGAGAUGAAAAGAAGGCUAUUCUGCAAGAUAUAGCCAUUAUGACAGGUGCAGAUUUCUUUGUCAGUGAUCUUGGUUGGGGGCUUCAAGCAAUUACUUCUGAUCAGCUUGGUAUGGCUCAGAAGAUAACUAUCACUAGUGAAUCUACAACUAUAAUUGCACAUCCCUCUAUGAGACCAGAGAUUGAGGCCAGGAUCAUGCAACUAAAGAAAGAUGUUCAGGAAACAACAAGUGCCUAUCUAAAAGAAAGGUUUUCUGCAAGAAUUGCUAAACUUUCAAGAGGUGUUGCAGUUAUCAAGGUCGGAGCAGCCACGGAAGCUGAACUUGAGGAUAGGAAAUUGAGAGCGGAGGAUGCAAAGAAUGCAACUUUUGCAGCCAUUAGCGAAGGCAUAACACCUGGUGGUGGAGUAACAUAUGUUCAAUUAUCAAAGCAUAUUCCCAGUAUCAUGGAUCUUGUGGAUGACCCAGAAGAGAAGAUUGGUGUUCAUAUUGUGGGCAAGGCACUCCUUGUCCCUGCUAUGACGAUAGCUCGCAAUGCUGGUGCAGAUGGUUCGGCUGUUGUAGAGAAGAUUCUGGAAAGCGAGUGGCGAGUUGGGUACAAUGCGAUGACGGACAGGUUCGAAGACCUCGUUGAUGCUGGUGUGGUUGAUCCAUGCAGGGUUGCAAGAUGUGUGCUCCAGAACUCUGCUUCUAUUGCUGGGCUGAUUCUGAUGACCCAAGCUAUGAUGUUUGACAAAGUAAAGAAGAAAAAGUCGCCCAUUCCUGAGAUCCCAGGCCUCCCGCCGUUACAGAUAAACCAAAAUGCUUAAUUAGGUCCGCACAAUUGUUAUCCUGUUAUUACCAAAGAAUGUUCCGUGAUGCGAAGUUCAUUCUGGUCCGGCUGUGGAUGUUUGGAUGAGCUGAGCUAAGAACAGACAGUGGCCAGUGGGCCCUUGAAGUACAUCAUUGGCGACAACUUCUCUCGUGAGUAACACUAGCGAAUGUAUUUUUGUUCUUAUGGUUCUGAAGGGUAGGUCCAAGGUGGUUCUGAAGGGUAGGUCCAAG